AUGUAUGAAAAGCACAAAAAUGCGGCUCUCGAGGUGGAAGGGAUAGUGAAGCAAUUAGCGGUGGCAGGAGAUCACGAUAAAAUUACUGCGGUGAUCAAUUUGUUGACCAACGAGUUUACCUACUCGGCUGAGGCAAAUCAUCGCAAAUUGUAUAAAGCUGUGCUUUCGAACAAGAGGAAUGGGGACCGAUUGAAUGGUGCAAUAUGGCAAAGCAUUUUGAACGCCAAGGGAAGUCACCAUAUGCAUAUCAUGCAGGAGACAUACGAAGGCAUGGAGAAAUGCCUCCAUCCAAGGAUGAAGACAUGGAUGGAGACACUUCUUCAUGUCUCCAUCCAGAGUUUGGAUGGAGUCACUUCUCCAUGUCUCCAUAUACUGGAUGGAGAAGCAACCUGGUAUGGGAGACCUCUUAUUAAAUCAUUCCAGAGUUUGCUGAGGAAUACUAGUUUGGGAAAAAUCUUCUUUAAAGCUGUAGCCACACCAGAUUCAUUAAAGAAUUAG